GUUGGGUAGUUAACCCUCACAAGCCUGUAGAAAGAACAUGCCCUCUUCCCCUCCUCUCGUUUUCCAUUAGAACUAUCGAGCAAUUCUCAAAAUCGACAAAAGCAGGCAAAAUCAAAAAGCACCUCCCUUUCUCUCUCUACCCACUUUUUCUCUCUAAUUUCUGUCCCUCUGGAAACUGCAGGGCAUCCCCUUUCCCCUUCGCCGUCGCAUUAAUUACACUGAAGCCCUCCCCUCCCUCCUCCAGAUUAUCUCAAUUUCGCCAUUGAAGACCUCUGAGCUCGCGCAGAGGCAGAGUCGUGGGUUGGGGUGAUUUUCGGAGGCAAUACUAUGAGAUCGAGGCCGCGUUUGGGGAGAAACCGAGAUGGGGGUGGCCAAGGGUUGGAGGCUUAGCGUGGUAUCGGCUAAUCUGGCUUUGUUGCGCAACGGCGGGAGUCCGAAACAUGUGUGCUGGAGAUGGCAGAGGAGGCCGAUAUCGUGGUCGGUGGUGUGCGGGUUAAUGCUGUUUGGGUUGGGUUUGAUUUCGCUUUUCACUGGCCAUGUGGCUUCUGAUCUUGAGUGGUACUCUCAGCGCCUUGUCAAGCGCAGCUUGUACUCCAAACUGGAUGAGGGCCGUCAUACACCAGUUGAUAUUUGGAAAUCAAAAUUUUCAAAGUUCUACUAUGGAUGCAGUGGAAGAGGUCCUCAUUUUGCUCGUGCUGUCCGCGAGCGAUCAUCAAAUGGCUAUUUACUUAUUGCUGCAAGCGGAGGAUUAAACCAACAAAGAACAGGAAUAACUGAUGCUAUUGUUGUUGCACGGAUUCUUAAUGCUACAUUGGUUGUGCCUGAGUUGGAUCAUCAUUCCUUUUGGAAAGAUGCUAGCGACUUUUUCAACAUUUUCGAUGUCAAUUGGUUCAUUUCCUCCCUUGCAAAGGAUGUGACCAUUGUUAAAAGAGUACCAGAUAAAGUAAUGAGAUCAAUGGAAAAACCUCCAUAUACUAUGCGUGUCCCGAGGAAAUCAACUCCUGAAUAUUAUCUGGAUCAAGUUCUGCCUAUACUCCUAAGGAGACGUGUUGUGCAGCUGACGAAGUUCGAUUACAGGCUUGCCAAUAACCUUGAUGAAGAACUACAAAAGCUGCGCUGCCGUGUCAAUUAUCAUGCUUUAAGAUUUACAAAACCUAUAAGAGAAAUUGGUCAGAGACUCGUGAAGAGGAUGCGUAAGAUGGCUAAACGUUACAUUGCAGUUCACUUGAGGUUUGAACCUGAUAUGCUAGCAUUUUCUGGGUGCUACUAUGGUGGAGGUGAAAAAGAGAGAAAUGAGCUUGGUCAAAUAAGGAAAAGAUGGGCAACAUUACCCGAUUUAAGCCCCGAGGGAGAGCGAAAACGGGGAAAAUGUCCACUUACGCCUCAUGAAGUGGGUUUGAUGUUGCGGGCCCUUGGUUUUAAAAAUGACACAUCUCUCUAUGUUGCAUCGGGAGAAAUAUAUGGUGGAGAAGAGACAUUACGACCUCUCAGAGAACUUUUCCCCAACUUCUAUACAAAGGAGAUGCUUGCUAGUGAAGAGCUAAAACCUUAUCUUCCUUUCUCAUCUCAGCUUGCUGCCAUUGACUACAUUGUGUGUGAUGAGAGUGAUGUAUUUGUCACUAAUAAUAACGGAAACAUGGCCAAGAUUCUUGCUGGUCGAAGGAGAUACAUGGGUCAUAAGAGGACCAUCAGACCAAAUGCAAAGAAGCUUACUUCCUUGUUCAUGGCAAGACACCAAAUGGAUUGGGAUACAUUUGCCAAAAAGGUGAAGUCAUACCAGAAGGGGUUCAUGGGCGAACCAGAGGAGAUGAGGCCGGGAAGAGGCGAAUUUCACGAGUUUCCAUCCUCUUGUGUCUGCCAGAAACCAUUCAAUUACCCUAUGGAAGAAAACAAUGAGGAUGAGGAUUAUUCAUCUCAGCAAGUCCACAAUGUCUCAGAUAUCACAUUUGGCCAGAGCACAGAAACUCAAGACAACAGGAGUUUGCAGAGAUUGAACACUAGAAACAUGGGAGAAGGGCCAGCAUUUCUGGCAGAAGAAGUCGAGGAGGCUGAGUUUCUGGAAGACAAGUAAGUGAAAAAGCUCCAUGUUGCUAGUGUGACCGAAAUCUGUCCUGACUAAGCCGACACAAGCUCUGCAACUUGAUGUUUUGACGUUGCAUCAAUUUUACACUGGACGGAAAGUUGGCUAAACCAAAGUUGGGAAAACGAGUUCUCAGGGAUAGGGUAUGCAAUUGUCCAUAGUUCUGCUAGGAACGUAGAUAGCGCGAGUAGGUGAGCUAAAAUUAUGCUGCUCCAGCUUGUUUUGUGCAUCAAUGAUGUUAAGCUUAUUGUAAUUACUAGUUUUCUACCUGUACGAUUACUUGCGGGUUCUACGUUACAUUAUUUAUCAUUUUUAUGAACUCAGGACAAUAACCAAAAGCAAAUACCUUAUCAUUGUAAACAAAAGAUCAAUGGGAUUUGAAGCCCUGUAGUCAUGACAAAAUGAAACUUCUUUCCUUCCCCGUCAA